UCCCCGGUUGAAGGUUCCGUGACACUAGCUGCUCGCUCCACGCAGGUUAACGUGUCCUCCACGAUGUCCGGCCGGGUUCUGGUCGGAGUGAAGCGGGUCAUCGACUACGCAGUGAAGAUCCGCGUGAAGCCGGACAACAGUGGUGUGGUGACGGAUGGAGUCAAACACUCGAUGAACCCCUUCUGUGAGAUCGCUGUGGAGGAGGCUGUCAAGCUGAAAGAGAAGAAGUUCAUCAAGGAGGUCGUGGCUGUGAGCUGUGGACCACAGCAAUCACAGGAGACCAUCCGCACCGCCCUCGCCAUGGGUGCAGACCGAGGCAUUCACGUGGAAGUGACUGGGAAAGACUAUGAAAACAUGGGGCCUCUGCAGGUCUCCAAGAUCAUGGCUGCUUUGGCCAAGAAGGAGGAUGCACAACUCGUCAUCCUCGGCAAGCAGGCCAUCGAUGACGACUGCAAUCAGACGGGCCAGAUGACAGCAGCCCUACUGGACUGGCCUCAGGGCACUUUUGCAUCAGAGUUGACACUGGAAGGAGACAAAAUUAAAGUGGUGAGAGAGAUUGACGGCGGCCUGGAGACGAUUAAAAUCAACAUGCCAGCAGUGGUGACCGCAGACCUUCGACUCAACACCCCCAGAUAUGCCACUCUGCCUAAUAUCAUGAAAGCCAAGAAGAAGAAGAUCGCCAACAUGAAGGCUGCAGACUUGGGAGUGGACAUCACGUCCCGGCUGGAGGUGUUGAGAGUGGACGAGCCCCCGAAGAGGGAGGCGGGGGUGAAGGUGGAGACGGUGGACGACCUUGUGAGCAAACUGAGGGAGACGGGGACGAUAUAGAGGAAGGAGGAGUGUGAGGAGAGAAGAAGGGACUGUUUAAUGAAUAACUGGACUGGAUUUCCUGAGCGCACCGACAGGACGAGCUCAUGUGUCGGUCCCAUCCCUCCGUUUGACACUGAACCUCCCGAGGACAUGCGGGGGGGGGGGGG